AUGACCUGUCUUACCUAUAAUACUUUGUUACAGCCGAGCCCUGUCCCCGAACCGCCCAACGAUUUUAUCACGCGGAGACUUCUGAAUAUCACAGAAGGUGAAGGACUUCUCCUCAAGUUCCGUACUGACCUAAUGCCCCUCUUUCCCUUCGUCAUAUUACCCGAAGUGAGCUUUGCCGAACCUCGCAAUGAGUCUCCCUUCCUCCUCUUGUGCAUAAUGACCGCUUGUCUCGAGCACAAGCCCGCUCUGCAGCAGAAAUUAGAAUUAGAAGCCCGAGCUGUGGUCUCUACCCGCAUAGUAAUGAGCAUGGAGAGGGACAUGGAUUUACUGGGGGGUUACUGGUUCAUAUCGCUUGUGUACUUGCUUCUUCAGAUGGCCAUGACUAUCGUUGUUGGGUUGGGCCUUGAUAGACACGACAACUUUAGCAUGCAACGUAUCUCUCGUUCUGAAAAACAGACGGAGGAGUCACAAGGGACAAGCGCUCUAUUUGACUCCGGACGGACAACGUGCCUUCUUCCGCGUGCCUUCUUAGGAUGCUACUACCCAUUGCUAUUAACUAACAAGACAAAGACCUCCAUAUUCCGGCGACAGCUAACCAUGAAACAUACAGACUGGGUCGAGUGUUGUGCCCAUAGCUUAGGGCAAAGGGCCGAGUAUCCGUAUCCCACGGACCAGUCUCUAAAGGCGCUAAUUGAGAUACAAGCGCUUGUCCAGAAAUCGGAGCGAGAAGAUGAAGAUCCUACCCACGAGAUGAGCAAGGACGAACUCUUCCAGUCUAUAGACUUACUGGAGAAUCGAAUCGAGCGCCUUCUCGCACAGGGACCACAGUUCAAUACCUGGUCUCUGCGUCUCGAGCUCAACGCAACUCCUGUCCUUGUUCUCGGCCAUACCCUCCGCCAACAAAGGGAUGUCCAUGCUCAACAUGAACAUGAGAAACAGCACUUCCUCACCAUCGCGCGCUCCGCGCUCAACAUCGUAACGGUAUUCCUCGCAUCACCAGCUUCAGUCGCACGCAAUCUCCCCAUGUCCAGCUACACAACCAUCUGGUACGGCCUUCUCGUGUUAUCAAAGCUGAGCUUGCUCUCAGACACCACAACAAAAGACAAGACAGUCGAAGUCCAUCACAAAGAUAUUCAUGAUCUUGGCCUUGCCGUUUUGCAGAAAAUGGAGGCAAUGUCGCGGGGAGAUGAUCCCCAUUCAGUACGAGAUCGAGGAAAUACGUCAAUUGCCCGGGACGCUGAGAACGCGAAUACUUUACAACAAUCUGUACCGGAGGAUCCCUUUGGUGACAAAGAGCCUGCUGCAGCGGUGACUGAAGAUUGCGAUGCUACUGUAUGGCAACAGAUGGUGCAAGAUUUGACCUGGAUAGGAUGGCCGGUGGAGCAGCAGCAGUCCGCCGUAGAUCUAGCUUACAUGCCUUGA